AUCGUUUUAUCCCUGUUUUAAGGAUGAAUGUCAACAACUGAGGUCGAAAUCAGAUCUAUGGAAUAUUAACGUAACUAGGUAACUUAGAAAACUAUAAUUACACAAGACUUCCUUGGAAGUUUCGUUUUACAAGAAAUCUCUGCCUGGUGACACCAGGCAUCCUUUUAGGAUCCGACACAAGUGGCAAGUGUUCACGGGCCUGGGGGCAUCUAAGACGCAGGUCGGAUAAACUUCCACGCCGGUUCCCCUUCCCUAGAGGAUCUGCAGUCACUCAAGCUGCCGUCAAAAUGCGACCCUCCCCCAUCGCCGCUCAAAACCAACCUUGUGUAGUGGCCCCAGUUUGAUCAACAGCAGCUCGUAUUCGCCACUUACACCCUCAAGGAGGCUUCCAGUUAGUGCCCACCAGGAACUCUUUUCUGCUUGUUCCCUCUUUUUCCUUCCGGUUCGGGCCUGGCCGGUGUUCCGGUCUUGCGCCCUAGGCCCCGAGCGAGAGGCCCGGUGCACCGUUGCCAUGGCAGCAGGCCGUUGGGAGCGGACUGGAUAGGUAGGGUCGGUGUCUGGUUCCCGGCUGAGACUGCGCGGAGCCGGGCCGGCGGGACUGCAGAAUGGGCUGAGGCUGAGGCGGCGGCGGCUGUCCGGACGAGGUCGACUGAGGGGCAAAGGGCGCGGCACUGGUCCAGGACCCUAAGACGCCUGGUUUGAGGAGCGGGUGGGACCGAGGUUUUCUUGGGCCCCAAGGCCUGACCUGUUGGCGACUGCAGCUUUGCGGGAACCUCAUAUUUGACGCGGGCAUGACUGGACGUGUGGGGACCCCACUCAUGAUGAAUAGGUGACAUGUAGUGAGCGAAUCUUAACUCUUGGUGGGAAUGAUCUUGACAGCAGGAAGCUCCCCAAGUUCUGGUGGGGGCCAGAGCCCCACAAGGACCCCUUACUUGCCGAACUGGCAGAGUUCCCAAAGACAAACAGAAUCUGUGAAAAGAUUCCUACUUUUCCUGUUUCCGUAUUUUUAAGUAUAGGUUUAUUGUGGAAAUGCAUUAUCCGCCUUGAAUAAAUAAAGGUAUAAAUGUUUAACCUUCUUCCCCCCCCCUUUCUUUUUAUGAAGAAGAAGCUGGGCUUGAAAAUGGAGAUGUAUGAAACCCUUGGAAAAGUGGGAGAGGGAAGUUAUGGAACAGUCAUGAAAUGUAAACAUAAGGACACUGGGCAGAUAGUGGCCAUUAAGGUAUUUUAUGAGAAACCAGAGAAGUCUGUCAACAAAAUCGCAACGAGAGAAAUAAAGUUGCUAAAGCAAUUUCGUCAUGAAAACCUGGUCAAUCUGAUUGAAGUUUUUAGACAGAAAAAGAAAAUUCAUUUGGUGUUUGAAUUUAUUGACCACACAGUAUUAGAUGAGUUACAACAUUAUUGUCAUGGACUAGAGAGUAAACGACUUAGAAAAUACCUCUUCCAGAUUCUUCGAGCAAUUGAAUAUCUUCACAAUAAUAAUAUCAUUCAUCGAGAUAUAAAACCUGAGAAUAUUUUAGUAUCCCAGUCAGGAAUUACUAAACUCUGUGAUUUUGGUUUUGCACGAACGCUAGCAGCUCCUGGAGACAUUUAUACGGACUAUGUGGCCACACGCUGGUAUAGAGCUCCAGAAUUAGUAUUAAAAGAUACAUCUUAUGGAAAACCUGUGGAUAUCUGGGCUUUGGGCUGUAUGAUCAUUGAGAUGGCCACUGGAAAUCCCUAUCUUCCUAGCAGCUCUGAUUUGGAUUUACUUCAUAAAAUUGUUUUAAAAGUAGGCAAUUUGACACCUCACUUGCAGAAUAUCUUUUCCAAGAAUCCCAUUUUUGCUGGGGUGGUCCUUCCUCAAGUUCAACACCCCAAAAAUUCAAGAAAAAAAUACCCAAAGCUAAAUGGAUUGUUGGCAGAUAUUGUUCAUGCUUGUUUACAAAUUGAUCCUGCUGAGCGGAUAUCAUCUACUGAUCUUUUGCAUCAUGAGUAUUUUACUAGAGAUGGAUUUAUUGAAAAAUUCAUACCGGAACUGAGAGCUAAAUUGCUACAAGAAGGAAAAGUCAAUUCAUUCAUAAAGCCAAAAGAGAAUUCUAAAGAAAAUGAAUUUAUGAAAGAUGAUAGAAAAACAGUUUAUACCAAUACACUGCUAAGUACUUCAGUUUUGGGAAAGGAAAUGGAAAAAAAGAAAAAGCCCAAGGAGAUCAAAGUCAGAGUUAUUAAAGUUAAAGGAGGAAAAGGAGAUAUCUUAGAACCAAAAAAGAUAGAGUGUGAAGGUGGACAUUUUCAACAGGAUGCAGUUGAAAUUGCUCAUACUGUGUCUCAAGAUAUAAAACGUGUAAUCAGUGGACCACCAAACACUGUCAAUCCCAGCACUAACUCUAUGGGCAUGAAAGACGAUCCACAUGCUGGAAGUAGUAUGGUGAUGCCACCCAUCAAUCUAACUAGCAGGAAUUUGAUGGCUUCAAAUCUCUUGCACUACAAUUCAAGGUUAACUGAAAGAGCAAAAAAGAGACGUACUUCUUCACAAUCUAUUGGACAAGUUAUAUUUAAUAGGCAUGAGGAUACAGGUCCCACUCAAAGCCAAAUGGAGAAGGGUGUGUUUAAUGAGCGAACAGGUCAAAGUGACCAAAUGGCAAAUGGGAACAAAAGGAAGCUGAAUUUUUCCAGAACUAACAGGAAAGAAUUCCAUUUCCCAGAAUUGCCUUUCACAAUACAGUCAAAGGGGAUGAAAGGAAUGGAAGAUAUUUUUGCAAAAGUUAAACAGAUAAAAGUGAUGAAGAGGAAAUCAAAGAAAACAGAUUCAUCUAAAAUACCAACUUAAUGCAGAUCAAUAUCAAGAAAAACAAGAGGCCGCGCCAUGCAGCAUGCGGGAUCUUAGUUCCCCACCAGGGAUCGAACCCAUGCCCCUUGCAUUGGGAGCUCAGAGUCUUAACCACUGGACCGCCAGGGAAGUCCCUGGUAAGUGCUAAUUAAAUAUUGCUGUUGGAACAGAGAGCUGUAGAGGUUUGUGGUGUGGUCUUCUAGAAUUCUCAGAGCUGGGAUCCAAUCCCCUUUUUGCAUCUCUGAUACUGGAGAGAAUCUGAUGAAGGCUAAGAACCCUUCCCCAGAAAACACAUGCAAAAGAAAAUUCCCAAUUGUAUAGCAGUAAAUACACACACACACACACACACACCCCAACAAA